AUCAAAUGGGAGAGGGGAUUUAAAAAAGAAUAUUUUUUCUUUUUUUUAGUUUAUUCAUUUGUUCCGGAGCUUUCUCUCACUGUUUCGCCCUUUUCUUCAUCGUCUCCCCCUCGCUCGCACCUUCGUCUGCCGUGCGUGCAGACUCCUAGGGUUUUGCUCCCUCGCAGAAGUUCAAACUUCCGGCAAAAUUUCCGGCAGGAAUGUACAACGGGAUCGGGCUACAGACAGCCAGGGGCUCCGGGACGAACGGCUACGUCCAGGCAAAUAAAUUCUUCGUGAGACCGAAGACCAACAAGGUUGUCGUGGAUGCUGGAGGCAAGGGAUUUGGGGAGAAUCAGGGGAUUGCUGGCGUGACCCGCAAGCCCAACAAGGAGAUCCUGGAGCAUAAUCGCAAACGUCAAAUCCAGCUAAAGCUCCUACUUCUGGAGGAGACGCUCUCCGAGCAGGGCUACACGGAUGCUGAGAUCUCCGAGAAAUUGGAACAAACUAGGCAGACUUUAGAGGCGAUUGAUUCCGCAUCCGGUGCUGUCGGAUCAUCUGCAAAGGUCUCUGAAACGCAAACACAUGAAAUUGCUGCUCAGAAGGAAAAGCAGAUGGAGAUAUUGAAAGACGCGCUUAAGAUAGGUGUUGAGGAUAGACACAAAAGGGAGCCUGAUCUUCGUGCUUUAGACACUGGAUUGAAUGAUGAUGAAGACAACAAGUCAAGAAGACAUAAGCUUUAUGAAGGAAAAAAUAAAGGAAAGGGAAAAGAUGAGACUAAGCAUCAUAAAAAGAAAACAAAGAAGGAAGACCCUGAAGAUUCCACUGAUAGUUAUAGUGACGCAGAUAGCGCUGAACAGGUCAAGAAACAUAAAAAGAGCAGGAAAGGCCAUGGCGAGACUGACUCUGAUGGUUCAGAUAUUGGAUAUAAGAAGAGGUCCAAGAAAUCAGGAAGGACUGAAGAUUCCACUGAUAGUGACAGCAGUGGAGGGAGAAUUGUUAGGUUGAAGAAAAAGAGUAAGAGCAAGAAAGAUCAUAAAGAGAGUGAUUCUGAUGAUUCUGAUAUUGAGUAUAAGAGGAGGUCAAAGAAAUCAACCAGGAAGCAUGGAAAAGGCAGGAGGUAUUCUGAGUCUGAACACAGUUCUCGUUCUUCCCCAGAGUCUUAUUAUGCGAAUCGUAAUGGUGAUCAAGAUAACAUAAACCGUGGUAGGAAUGAAUUACAGUGUGAGAGUCGGGGAAGUGAUCGGGAUUUUUCAAGGUAUGGACAGGAUAGAAGAGAAAACAUGAAGGAUGAUGAGAAACAGACAGGGAAACACAUAAGAGACAAUGGGGAAAAAUUGAAAGAGAAGCCUGGAAGGGACCACGGUAAACUUGGUAGGGGGCAUGAAGAGGAGAUCCGUAACAUUCGGCGUGAGGGGGAUAGAGAACUUGAAUCUUCCAAGAGAGAAAGAUAUGAUGAUUCACGCUCUACUUACAAAAAGGACGAUUUUUCUAGAUAUGAACAGGACAGAAGAGAAAGCGUGAAGGAUGAUGAGAGACAGUCUAGGACCCAUAAAAGAGAUGAUGGGGAAAAAAUGAAAGAGAAGAAUAAAAGGGACCGUGGACAGCUUGGUAGAGAGUAUCAAGAGGAAAGUGAUAGCAAACGGCACGAGGAAGAAAAAGAAUAUGGAUCAACCAAGAGAGCAAGAAAUGAUGACUUGCGCCCUACUGGUGAGAAGGGCCUUUCUAGGUAUGGACAGGAUAAACAAUUAAACAUGAAGGGUGAUGAUAGACAGUCAAGGAAACACAAAAGAGAUUAUGAUGAUGAGGAGCUAGGCAGGGAUUAUGAAGGGGAGAGUGGUAGGAAACGGCAUAAGGAAGAUAGACAAUAUGAAUCUACCAAGAGAGCAAGAAAUGAUGAUUUACGCUCUACUGGUGACAAGGACCUUUUUAGGUAUGGGCAAGAUAGAAAAGAAAAUAUGAAGGAUGAUGAUAGAAAGUCAAGGAAACAGAAAAGAGACGAUGAUGAGGAAAACAGGAAAGGGAAGAUUGAAAAUGUUGUAGACCAUGGAAAGCAUGGGAGGGAAUACGGUGAGGAUAGUGGUAGCACAAGACGUAAGGACGAUAGAGAUUAUGAGUCUUCCAAGAGAAGAAAAUUUGACGAUUCGCGCUCUUCUGGAAGAAGAAUCUACGAUGAUGACCGGAGGUCAAAGCAUUGAAGAUGGCAUGUAUCUCAUCUUAGGAGGUGAGCACUGUUCAUGUGUCACAAAUGUCACCCAGAGAUUAAUGGCUACUGGCAGCAAAGCAUUCUAAGGUGUGUGACCUUUGUGUGUUACCUCUAAAUUUCCUCUUCUUGAUGACUUGUUGCCCAUGCAUGAGAGAGAUGGUGCUACCCAUUAUCACUCCCUCUUAUCAGAUAAUUACUUUUCUCUUGUGUUUUUUUUGGACAUAAUGAAUCUUGAUUGGGGUACUUUGUGUUUGUGUAUUAAUCGAAUGAACAAGUGUGUUUUUCGUAUGUGAUUAAACUGUGAUACUUUUC